AGGGUCUAGCCGGAUAGUUUACGGCGACGGACUCCUUCCCCCAGUGUGAGGCGCACACCGCGCGUGCCGGGAAGCUCUGCUUGCUUUCUUCCUCCGCGAACAUGCCUAAAGCAGCAAACGGCAAAAGGGGCGCACAGGAGAAGAAAGUCAUCCAUCCCUACAGCAGAAAAGCUGCUCAGCUUACAAAAGAAGCACACAAACAAGAAAGAAAGGAAAAGUUGAAAAAUGAAAAGGCCUAUCGUCUCAGCGUUGUGGGUGAAAAAUUGCUUUGGUUUCAAAGUCACCUUGAUCCUGACAAAGUGGAGUACACAAGAAAAGAAGCCUGUGAACUAACAGAAAAUUAUUUACAGCGUUUCAGUGAUGAGUUGGAGCAGAUUGAACUGCGUAACAGUAUUAAAGGACGGCAGGCCAGACAGCACAGUUCCAGGGAAACAGCCAUCAAACAGACUAUGGAACGUGAACGACAGAUGUAUGAAGGAUAUGGGCUAGAGAUCCCCGACAUUGUGAACUGUAAGCACCUUAAAACAUUCAGUACCUGGGAUGGUGAUUUGCAGAAGCUACCAAACAUUAAAAUGAGGAAGAUAUCCAGUAAAGAUGCUCUUAGCAGUUUAACUAAGAAGGCAACAGUUGAAGCUGAGAUGGACUUGGAUGCAGCAAAGGAUGCAGAGAAACAAAUGCUUGCUGGUAUGGGAAAUGACAGUUGAAGCAAAUUGCCAAGCUGCUAUUUUAAUGAUCAGUUAGAGCUAGACUAAAUCACAUUUUGAGUGUAAAUGUGACAGGACCCAGCUAUAUUGACUGUAAUUUAGCCUUCAAUUCAUGAGGUAAUAAGAUGAUGUUGCAUGUUGCAUCAUUGUCUUUUGAAAAACAUUAAAAUAUUUCAUGUUCAUAGAAGUAACAACUAGAUGCGGGGCUGAAUUUAUUUAAAGCAGCAGGAGAAGGGAAGGGUGAAAAAGCAGAGGAAAAGAGCUACUCCUUUUGACAGGUUCUUCCCAGUUGGUUUUCUCCUGGAGGGUGAGGAGCAUAGCUGCCAAGUUAUCCCUUUUUUACAGGGAUUUUCCCUUAUGCUGAAUAGGCUUCCUCGCGAGAAAAGCGAAAACUUGGCAGCUAUGGUGAGGAGUGGUUUCCUUUCAGAUCUGAGCUCAUUAAACCUGCUGGAGUAUAUCAAGCUUGGAAGUAAAAUAGAGGCAAGGAGGCAUUUUCAGUCCCCUUACUCUUUAUCACACUCUGAUUUAGCUACAUUCCUCCUCGCUUGAAUUUGUGGCAACCCUACAAAGGGUUCUGCUGCUAUAAUGUCUAUUUUGGCCCAAAUGGAUCCAUUUUUAUCAUGGAUGUCGUUCAGUAGGUUUAGGGCAGGAAUAGCUAAUCUGUGGCUGUCCAAAUGUUGUCCAAGUCCAACUCCUGGCAUCCCAGUCAGCCAUGCUGUCUGGGGCUGUUGGGAGUUGGGGUUCUGUGACAUCUGAAGGGUCAGUGGUUAAGCACUCAUGCUUGGUUUAGGAGGAGGAUAACAGUACAUUCUUGAGAACUGGUGUCUCCUUGCCACCCCACCUUACUUCUUCCUGGAUAAGACUUAUUAUAUAAAAUUGUCACCAUGCAGUGGCAGCUUUCGGGUUUUACCAGUGCAGAAUUUGUGGGUGCCAGUACCUCCUGCAGUGUUGUCAAAAAUCCACAGUGUAUGACCACUAGGCCCACAGGCCAAGAUUGGAUACCCUCCCUCUUUUCCAUUUUGAGCAGAGGAGAUGGGCAGUGAAACGUUCUUUUCUCCAUAGGUAGUGCGUGGUGGGAUGUCUCUUACCAUUUUGUGGCCUUGUUACCUUUUUCUGCUCUUUUUAGAUUUAGCAGCCUUGUUGUGUUGUGCCACAUACACCCCUGCCCCAAGUUGCCACAUCAUUUUCUCAAAAUUUGAAAUGCAUCCAUUGGCUCGGAAAGGAUUGGCAGCCCAUAUUAUCUUUAAAAGCAAAUGACUUACAAGUAACCCUUAGAGUCAUCUGUUUAAUACAAAUACAAAUUUGUUCC